AUGGAGGUAGAGAGCGAAGGUUCUGGUGAGCCACAAACUGGUGCCCCUAUCGCCGGUAAGCCGCCAGAACACCUAGGGAGAAAACCUACUUUCAAGGAAAAGGUACUUGGGACUAAACAGAUACAUGAGACGGAGGAGUUUGUCAAUCUUGUGAAGACAGGAAUCAUGAGAAUGGAGUUUGUGGAAGAUAACACAUCCUUCCCCAUGUUUUCCAUAGAGCCCAGUACGUACAGGGAGAUAUGCAAACCCUGGGAAGACUGUUUAGUGGUUAAACUGCUUGGUAAGAGUAUUGGAUAUGGCGCACUAUGCGACAAGUUGAGGACUAUGUGGAAGCUGUCAGGGGGCUAUGAGGUACGCGAUGUCCACCACGGGUACUUCCUAGUGAAAUUUGACAAUGCAGAAGACAAGGGAAGAGCCAUAUCUGGUGCUCCAUGGCUAAUCUAUGAUCACUAUCUUGCCGUCAAGCCAUGGACGCCGGAUUUUGUCGCAGCAAAUUCAAGGAUUAGCACAACACUGGUUUGGAUCCGUAUUCCAGGGCUAGGAUUCCAAUUCUACAACAAGAACAUCCUGCUCACGCUAGCCUCAGCGGUGGGUACUCCUAUCAAGGUGGACUUGAAUACGCAUGAUAUGCAGCGGGGCAAGUAUGCACGUAUAUGUGUGGAGAUUGAUCUCACCAAACCUGUCCUAGGAGUCGUCGGCCUUGAAGGAACGUGGUAUAACAUCGAAUAUGAAGGCCUUCAUUUGUUGUGCCGGAGGUGUGGGUGUUAUGGACACCUUGCUCGCAAUUGCACCACGCCACAGAGGGAAGAGAACACGAGCCCGAUGGCUGCCCAGGCAACAAACGCUGCUGCUCACCUGCAAGGAGAUGCCGCAGACACUUCGACGCUGCGGGUGGCGGUGGAUAAAGGCCUAGGAGCGGUAGGGCAAUCACAGAUGGCGGCGGAGGAAACCCUAGACGCAAUAGGGCAAACAGCUAUGGAUACGUCAGCAACUCCAGCGGUUACUCCUGCCGCAAUUCCCGCGAAACCCGCAAUCAAAUGCCCUGAACAUGCGCAUGGUGAGUGGCUGGUGGUUGAGAAGCGGAAGAAGAAAUUGAAUGGCAAUUUGAAUGUCAAUCAAAAGAAAUCUGCAGAGAUUAAGAGCAACUUUAUGUCAGCUUCCAAUAAGGGAAUUAAGCAGUCAACAGGGGAGCCAAUUAAGGGGACCAAAAAGGGAAUGAAAUCCAAAACGGCAGGAGACAAAUCCGGGACAGAGAAAAUUCCCUUACUGGUGCCUUUGCAAUUUACUACGGGCUCAACAGUACAUGAUGGAAAUAAUAGCCAUGCAACAAUUGUUCAGCGUAAAAAGAGAAUGAGGAAGGAGUCAACGCUAAACUAUGUGGCUACACCAACAGUGGAGUCUCAUUCCACACUGACCAUGUCCGCUGGAGGCACACCAAUCUUCAUGGCGGCGGACGGAACUCGCUCUACCGUACCGUUGGUCGCGAAGGGCGGAAAUAGAUACCAGAUGUUGUCUCAAGAGGAGGACCAACAAGAGAAACAACCUCUCAGGAAGGAUACCAUGACAGGGCCUACACCUUUUGACCCAGGGGAAGUUAAAGGCGUGCGCAAUGGACCAUGA